AUGUCGAUCAUGGAAUCCAUCAUCUCACCCGUGACGUCCUUCGUCUCAACCGCAACCUCCGACUCCUUUAUGCCAUUGAUGACCACUUUCACCCCUCUCGACCAUUGUUCCGAUGUUAUCCUGUCUGGUUGCGGAACCAGUACAGAAUCAAGUGGAAGUAACAGCGGAUCCAUCUCCUCGUUUUGUGACUACAUUCAGCGAGACAACACAUGCGGCACAGAUGGCCAAGUCACCCUUGACGGUUCCUGCUUCCCAGGCAAUCCUUACCCAUCAACCACCCUGUUAUACUCGCCCGCCAUCGCGUGUCCCACUGGAUGGACGACAGAUGGGAAGAUGGUAGACAGAAUGCAACAGACUUAUGCCGUGUGCUGCCCUUCCGAUUACACUAUGUCGGCUCCCGAUGCGACUAGCUGCGUAAAAUCAGUCAACAAUCAUGACAGCAAAACAAGAGUUUUCUCAUGUUCUGGUGAAACGCCGAUACCCACAACCAUCUUUUUUUCAGACUAUCCAUAUCUCACUAUUGCAUGGGCCCAACAAAUCAGAAUAGCACUUCCCUCAGCGAACGAGCCUUCAUCCGCCACCGUCUUGAGUGUUCCCUCAUCUACUUCAAGCCCGCAAAACGGCGGACCCAUCUCAAACGGAUCUUCAAGCAACAACAACAAAAAAUCCGGUGCAGGAGCUGGUCUCAUCGCGGGCGCCGUGGUUGGCGCAGUAGCUGGUCUGGCUCUGGUCGGUGCGCUCAUAUAUCUCUGGCGCCGUAAAAAGCUCCAGAGCGCCGCCUCAAACAGAUACCAGGAUGCGUUACCAGAGUUUAUGGGGACAAACGCCGCUACGAAUGCAUCUCUGCAAAUGGCAAAUGCAGAAUCUGAGGGCCUUUUUCAACCGCAGCCUAUCCCGGGACCCAAGCGAUGA